AAAGGAAAAUAUUCUGGAAUUAUCCAAAAAUACGGAAACCACGGAGCCGUUUUCCCUCUGUUUUGGGCUCAUUUUAUUUCCUUUCCUUCACCUUCCUCCUUUUUUUCCUGUCUCGGUUUUUUUUUUUGGUGUUUUUCCACCUUUUUUGGGUUUUUCCAGCCCUGAAUUCCAGGCGAGGUUUUCCAGGGAAUUUCUCCUGCUUUACCUGGAGCGGCUCCUGAUUCCAGAGGAUUUGCCUGGCCCUGAGCUCCAAGAUGAAGUGAUAGAAUUUCCCAGAAAGUCCUGGCUCCUCUGGGAGCUGACAGCGAAAAGAAAAAAGCGGGAAUUUUAUGGAAUUUUACGGAAUUUUAUGGAAUUUUAUGGAAUUUUCAGAGCCCUGCCUGAAUUAUAUAAUAUUUUUCAUCGCUUGGAUGCUUCAUUAUGAGCCACUAAUCCGAGCAGGAGCUGAGUCAAUCCCUUGGUGCAGCGGUUUUGGGGCUGGGGACGCAGCCCAGGUGUGCAGGAGGAGCAGGCUGAUGUCCCUGCUCUGAGCACACCCAGAGGUGUGGAAUCCUGUCAGGAUGAGGAUCGUGGUGGCCAAGGUGCUGUGUCUGCUGGGGAUCUGUGUCCUGGUGCUGGCCGGGGCCCUGCUGCCCGUCAGGAUCAUCGAGGCUGACUACGAGAAGGCUCAGCGCUCCCGGAAGAUCCUGGCCCUCUGGAAUUCCUUCGGGGGCGGAGUCUUCCUGGCCACCUGCUUCAACGCCCUCCUGCCCGCCGUGAGAGGGAAGCUCGAUGAGGUGCUCAGGCAGAACAACGUCACCAUGGACUACCCUGUGGCCGAGACCAUCAUGAUGGUCGGCUUCUUCCUGUCAGUCUUCGUGGACCAGCUCUUCCUGACCUUCCAGAAGGAGAAACCCUCCUUCAUCGACCUGGAGACCUUCAACGCCGGCUCGGACGCGGGCAGCGACUCCGAGUACGAGAGCCCGUUCAUGGGCCCGUCCCGCGGGCGCGCCCCGUACGGGGAGCACGGCCCCGGCUCGCACGGCCUGGCGCUGCCGGAGCUGGCGCGCUGCGGCCCCCGGCGCCUGCUGGGGCUGGUGUUCGCCCUGUGCACCCACUCCAUCUUCGAGGGCCUGGCCCUGGGCCUGCAGGAGGACGGCGGCAGAGUGGUCAGCUUGUUCCUGGGAGUGGCCGUGCACGAGACGCUGGUGGCCGUGGCUUUGGGGAUCAGCAUGGCCAAGGCCUCGCUGGCGCUGAGGGACGCGGCCAAGCUGGCGGUGGCCGUGUGCCUGAUGAUCCCGCUGGGAAUCGGCGUCGGGAUGGGCAUCGAGAGCAGCCGCAACGCCGCGGGCAGCGUGGCGUCCCUGCUGCUGCAGGGCGUCGCCGGCGGCACCUUCCUCUUCGUCACCUUCUUCGAGAUCCUGGCCAAGGAGCUGGAGGACAAGAGCCACCGGCUGCUCAAGGUGCUGUGCCUGGUGCUGGGCUACGCCGCGCUGGCCGGGCUGGUGCUCAUCCCCUGGUGAGCCUCGGGAAGCCGAGGGAGCAAAGCUCGCCUCUCCCCUCCCACCGGCGCCGGGAGGAGCCGCCCCUUUCACCGCUGGAACGGCCGAGCCGGGCGGUGUUUCCGUGAGGACCUG